UUCGGCUCGUUUACAGCCCUACCGGGGUACCGCGGUACGGGAGCCAUCGCAGGCGCAGGUGCAUCUCGAGCUUCUUCUCCGAUCGAUCUCUGUCCCUUCUCGUCUCUGGAUUGAGAAUGGCGAUGAUAGAGUCGGUCACGGGGAGCGCAGUGAUGGAAUUGGCGAUGCGUGAGUGCUGUCAAGCCUUGUCAAUGGUGCACAAGGUCACGCGCCGUCCUCCAAUGCCGUUAGCGGCACGGCCACGAACAUCUUCUGAUGUCCAUGACCAGUCCUUCUGCGUAAAUAUAACAAUCAAACAAAGACGAGAAGCAUGGAGGUUUAUGCUGUCAAGGUUGAGGAGGGGAACCCAGCUACGGGGAAUAAGCCUUCUUGUGGUCCUGUUUAUCGCUGUAUCUAUGCAAAAGAUGGUCUCCUGGAAGCACCUCUUGAGAUUGAGUCCCUGUGGGAGAUUUUCAGUGGUUCAGUCAAAAGGUAUCCUCAGAAUCAAAUGCUUGGUCGUCGUGAGCUCAUUGACGGAAAGGCACGGGAUUAUGUCUGGCAAACAUACGAGGAGGUCUAUGAACUAGCUUUGAAGAUUGGAUCUGCCAUUCGGGAAUGUGGCAUCAAUCUGGGUGAUCGCUGUGGAAUAUAUGGGUCCAACUGCCCUGAAUGGGUGAUUACCAUGGAGGCCUGCAAUAGCCAAGGAAUCUGUUAUGUGCCAUUAUAUGAUAGCCUUGGACCAAAUGCAGUAGAGUUCAUCAUCAACCAUGCAGAAGUAUCAAUAGUUUUCGUCCAUGAAAACAAUAUAAACUCUAUUUUGAAGUGUCUUUCAAAGUGUGCUGCCCAUCUAAAGACGAUUGUCAGCUUCAGAAGGGUAACCGAUGAACAGAAAAGAUUAGCUGAAGCAGCUGGAGUAUCUUUCUUUUCCUGGGAGGAAUUUGUUUCCUCGGUAAAUGUAACAUGUGAAGUUCCACAAAAGAGUAAGGAUGAUAUUUGCACAAUAAUGUACACAAGUGGAACAACUGGAGAACCAAAAGGUGUCAUAUUGACAAACAGGGUGAUACUUGCUGAGGUCAUCAACAACGAACAUUUGCUUCAGGAGACAGAUAAAGUGGUGACUGCAGAAGAUUCAUACUUCUCAUUCCUUCCUCUAGCACAUGUCUUUGAUCAGACCUUUGAAAAUUACUGCAUCUAUAAGGGUGCCUCCAUUGGAUUUUGGCAAGGGGAUGUUAGGUACUUAAUGGAAGACAUCCAGGUGCUAAAACCUACAAUAUUUUGUGGUGUUCCUCGUGUUUAUGACCGCAUAUAUUCAGGUAUCAAUCAGAGGAUUUCAUCUGGAGGAUUCUUAUCGAAGAAGUUGUUCCAGUAUGCUUAUGAUCAUAAAUUGAGAAACAUGAAGAAGGGAUUGAAACAAGACGAAGCAUCACCGUUCUUUGACAGGCUAAUUUUUAAUAACAUAAGACAAGCUAUUGGAGGUCGUGUCCGCAUUAUGAUUUCUGGAGCUGCACCAAUACCGAGGCAUGUGGAAGAGUUUCUUAGAGUUGCAACUUGCAGUGUAUUUAUACAAGGAUAUGGUCUUACAGAAAGUUGUUCAGGAUGCUUUACUUGCAUAGCAAAUGUAUUAUCCAUGAUGGGAACAGUUGGGGUUCCUAUUAAAACAAUAGAGGCAAAGCUGGAAUCAGUGCCAGAGAUGGGGUAUGAUGCUAACUCAAGCACACCCCAAGGUGAAAUUUGCUUGAGGGGUAAUACAUUGUUCUCUGGUUACUACAAGCGGCCAACCCUCACGGAUGAAGUUCUUGUUGAUGGCUGGUUUCAUACAGGUGAUAUUGGAGAAUGGCAGCCCAACGGUGCAAUGAAGAUCAUAGAUCGAAAAAAGAACAUUUUUAAACUGUCUCAAGGAGAAUAUGUGGCUGUGGAGGUCCUUGAAAAUACAUAUAUGCAAUGUCCUCUUCUCACAUCGAUUUGGGUCUAUGGAAACAGCUUUGAAUCCUUUCUUGUGGGUGUUGUUGUUCCGGAAAAGAGCUUACUGGAGGAAUGGGCGAAAUCCAAUGAUGUGAGUGGUGACUUUGAUCAGUUGUGCAAACAUCCAAAAGCAAGGAAACACAUCAUGGAGGAACUCAAUAAAACUGGUCAAAAAUAUCAACUUAAGGGAUUUGAGAUGUUGAAGUCAAUUCACCUGGAGCCCAGACCAUUUGACAUGGAGAGAGAUCUGAUCACUCCAACGUUCAAGCUAAAACGACCCCAGCUGCUCAAACAUUUCAAGGAACGCAUUGAUGAACUUUACCAAGAAGCUAAAGAGAGGAAAGGAUGAGGCUAUCAAACACAUAAUAAAAUCCACUGAGAAGAUGCGCAUGCAAGUCUGAAGCUGAAGUGCUUGUAUAUUUAAUAAUCAGUGUGCAAAACAAUAUCGUCCAUUUUAAUCUUUAGAUAUAAGUACGAAAGAACAGCAAAGAGAAGCAUCAUCUCAGUAAUCUUUGGCAUGUAUCGUCUUUUUUAACCACUACAAGACAUCCUUGGAUGAUUAAAUACUCUCUAUGGCAGUAAGAAAAUAAACAAACAAACACUGUCUGAUUAGAUUGACGAGAAA